AUGGCCGACGUGAGAAAGGAUCGUACCAUUAUGUGGAUAUUGACAGCCGCUGCAAUCAUCAAUGUCCUCAUUGUUUCAUUGCUGUUAACGCAUUCCGCCGACGUUCACCAGCCACAAGGACGUGAAGUUCAACAUAAACUUAUCGUUUACUUGAAUGAGACGGAUCAGAAGCUCUUAAAAUUAGCCGACAUGUCCAAGAAGGAACCGAUCUCCUUGUUGAAGAAGAACCGCAUUGAAGGCCUGCCAUCUGGUUGUCCGGAUGACAUCUUCAUCAUCACCUUGGUGAUAUCGACACCAGACGACAGUACUCGCCGUCAUGCUAUCAGGAGUUCGUGGGCGACCACAGGUAAUGAUCACGUCCUGACUGUCUUUUUGAUGGGAGAACAUCCUGAUUCGCGGGACCGCGAUGGCAUCCUCAGACUGAACAAUGAGUUCGUCAAGUAUAAGGAUAUCCUUAACAAUUACAAACAUGAGUCGCGGAAAGCCGGGUCCAGUCUGAUGGUAUUACUCGGUAUCCAAUGGAUACUAGAACAUUGUCAACAAGUCAGAUAUGUUCUCAUUGUCCAUGAUACCAUGUUUGUUAACUACAGACGGUUGAUGAAGGUUUUAGAGCACCGCGACAUCCAGGAUAAUGACGGAAAACUGUUGAUAGACAUUUGUUUCACGCAAGGAAGAAAGAAACGCGAUAUAUUCAUGAUUGCGUUCAUCAACUCUCAUCCCAAGAAUUGGGGGAUCCGGAACGCUAUCCGUAGAACCUGGGGCUCGGAUUUAUCAAUCGGCGGAGAGCUCAUCAGGGUGUUCUUUAUCCUAGGAAAACAAACGCAUUCAGCAAAUCGAAGUUAUAUAAUGACCGAGGAUGCACAGCACCAGGACAUUCUUCAAGGAAAUUUCAUCGAUUCCUUUGCAAAUCGUACCCUGAAGGUUAUCGCUGGUCUUAAAUGGAUCCUCAAGAAUUGCGAUCACGCGCAUUAUUUGUAUGCAGGUGCCGAAGAUACGUUCGUCAAUUUCAAGAGUAUCGUUCGUUACUUGAUAGAACUUCGAAACAAGGGAGACGCUCGAGAAAGGUUUUACCUCGGUUCAAGAAUUUACGGGAACGAACGUUUGUCCGUUAAAAGAGAGAAGAGAGCAAACACCAAGAAACUACUUAAAGUGUCUAGUAAGCAGUAUAGCGGGCGCUACUACCCAACGUACUGCAGUGGAAGCGGGUACAUUCUGUCUAGCGAUAUGGUGCCCUCCAUGUACCGGACGGCGCUGCGGACGCCUCUCAUCGGUGUUGCAGAUGUCUUUCAGGGAAUCCUUGCAAAGAGGUUGGAUGUUGAGCCUGUUGGGCAUCCGGGUUUUAAGACAUGGGCUGGAAGGGUUGAUGCGUGUUCUUUGAGAAGCUAUGAUACCUUAACUGUUCGUGGGAUUACCAAAACGCCGGAACAGCUCUUUCAUGUCUGGGAGACAUAUACCAAUAAGUUUGUCAAUUGCUCGAACGUGUAG